UACGAGUCUGGCGCAGCGCCAAUCCUUCCGAGGCCACUUCGCUUACUAUUUUAAUAUGAACCUCCGAUUUAUAAUGCGAAGCCCUAGGAGUUGCGGCAAUAGAGGGCGAAGAAGAGGGGGGUGAAAGAAAACCGAGACGACAAGAGAGGACGGAGUGAGACGAUGAUGGAUUCGUCCUCUGGCGGCGGAGAUCCAUCCUCCGGCGGCCUUCCGGUGCUGCCGGCGUGGGCCGCCGCCGCGUCCCAGCGGUACCAGCACUUCCUGGACAAGGCGACGCCGCACGUGCUCCGGCGGUGGCUGGGGUUCGGGGCGGUGGCCCUCGUCUACGCCCUCCGCGUCUGGUUCGUCCAGGGCUUCUACAUCGUCUCCUACGCCCUCGGCAUCUACGUCCUCAACCUCUUCAUCGCCUUCCUCUCCCCCCAGGUCGACCCCGAGAUCCAGGAGCUUGUCGACGGCUCCGGCCCCUCCCUCCCCACUCGCUCCACCGACGAGUUCCGCCCCUUCGUCCGCCGCCUCCCCGAGUUCAAGUUCUGGUACUCUAUUACAAAGGCCUUUUGUAUUGCCUUCAUAUUGACAUUCUUCAGUGCGUUCGAUGUUCCUGUGUUCUGGCCUAUUCUGCUCUUCUACUGGUUGGUCCUAUUUACAGUGACAAUGAAGCGGCAGAUACUUCACAUGAUAAAAUACAAAUAUGUUCCCUUCUCCCAUGGGAAGCAGCGUUACACUGGGAAGAGAGCAGUUUCUUCAGAAGAUGCAAGCGUUCCUAGCAAUUCAACUUGAUGUAUCUUUAACUGCAAACGCUGUCAAUAAUGAAUUAAUGCAUUCCAAGGAGUUAAAGAUAGUUUGAUUCUUCGUACUGUAAUACUAGGUGUUCUUUUUGGCAGACGAGAACCUUAUGUUAAAAAGUUCAAGAAAAGAUUUGGCUUCCAUGGCCCCGGCCGGGGGAGCGGGCGUGUGGGAGAGCGCGUGAGAGGAGGAGCGGUGGGUGGGAAACAGGUUGGUUUUGUGCGACCUUGUUUUAUUCGGUUAUAUGAGACAAGUUAUGUUACCCCUGGGCAGAGCAUUUUGCAAUAUGGAACAUUUCCUCGCAACAACUGCAGCUUAUCAUACUUAGUGAAGUUAUUUUUAUACAUAAGCAGUUGUUGGUUGUUUCACCAAGAAAAAAUCCAUUAUAUAUUUGGCUGUAAACGUGGGGAAGAAGAGGUGAAAAAAUUAUGACCUCUUAUUUCCUACUGAACUUCGGAUUUAAUGCGAGCCUUGGCUAUCUUGUAUGAGUAACAAAUCCAUUAUACAUUUGGUGCAAAGAUGCAUUGCUUGAAUCUUGCAUA